AUGGGGCACACGAGCCCUGGUUUCUGCUUGAACCCCACCAAAACAGCCCUCCAAAACGGAGGCACCCAUCUCCUGCCCGUUCGCAUGGUUCGCAAAGUCAAGGCCGGGAGUUCUGCGAACGCCACCAACGCGAGUGCGGAUGAUCUGGACACGCUUGCCGCGAAGGUGCUGGGUAAGAAGGAGGGCGAGGUGAACGCCACCGACAUCUUGAAGGUCCUUAACGACACCCAGCCCGCAGAAGUAAAGGACGUGACGGAUGCCGCCCGCUCCAUCUCAGAUGCCUCGAAAGCCGCGCAAGCGAUCUGGAGCAAGAACUCGAGCAACGCCUCUCAGAGCAUUGGGAGCAUCGUGGGUGCUGCGGGUGCCACGGUGGCGGCGGCCAAGUCGGUGUCCGACAUGGUGGGCUCUAUUUGGAGCUCCGGCCCGGACAGGAACGAGACCAUCGAGGCGAACGGCUCAGAGGCGAAGUCUGCAGGCGCGGCCACAACCACCACACCCACGACGACGACGACAGCUGUGUCGGUGCAGGUGGUCAUCGAUGUGAAAGACUUGCAGCCGGAGGACUACCUGACGGAUGGCUUUGCCGCAGCGCUCCGGGAGGCCCAGCGCGGCAUCAGUGCUGACUUCCAACGGGCCGCGGACGCUGCCACGUCCGGCGGGGCGUGCCUCGCGGCGCAGAAUGUGUCGUUGACGGGUGCGCUGAACGGCGUGCUGCCGCGCCUGGUACGGGGCAACUGCUCCGCCAUCGAGCCACUCGCGCGCUUCGAGCGCGACACCGGCGUACAGCUGGGCAAGGCCCUCGGGAAGGCGAGCGCCCAGGUGAAUGGCAGCUGCGUCCUGGCGGUGGGCUGGGCGGAGGCGGACCAGCUUGCGCAGGAUGCGCUAGACCGGGAGCUGCAGAAGCGGAGCAGCGCCUUGCCGACGGUGCAGCGGCUCAAGGAGGAGGCGCUGGUAGAGGCGCAGAAGGAGCUGGAUGCGAACGUGAUGGCGGUGCGAGGAAGGGUAUCUCAGAUGAACUUCACGCAGAUGCUCCAGCAGGCGGCGGACCAGAACCUUUCCACGGUGCUGUCGACGCUGGUGGAGACUGAGGUGGGCAAGGUGCGCAAGGAGGCAGAGGACCAGCGGCUGAAGAUGAGGAGCCGCUUGGACCGUGGGCUCCGGGACCUCUGCAACCGCACCCUGGGGAGUUUGUGGGACUUGCGCCAGGAGAGGCUCGGAAGCUUCAGGCGGACACCGGGGGCUGGACUCAGCUGGAGCCCAAGGACCUCAACUUCUCGAACCUCACCAAAGUGCCGGCUUUGGUCGCCGAAUCACGGCAGGCGCCUGGCCAAGGAGAGCCCAAGCCGGCGCUGA